GUGUGCACUACCCGGAUGGAGCUGGUCGCCAUCUUUCCUCAGUCCCAGUGCAGUGCUGCCGGUGGGGCGGAACACCACUCAACAAACCAGUUGGUUUCUAGGAACUGCCGACAGACCUGACACACCGUCGUGUUUUUUCCUCAAGAUUUGCCACUUGAAGUAGCUCGCUACAUCGCCUGUAGACCGUUACAAAAUGGGAGACCGAGAGGACUUAGUUUAUAAUGCAAAACUUGCCGAGCAGGCAGAGCGAUAUGACGAGAUGGUAGAGUCAAUGAAGAAAGUGGCAGGCAAGGACGUGGAGCUCACAGUGGAGGAGAGGAACCUACUAUCAGUGGCCUACAAGAAUGUGAUCGGAGCCCGGAGAGCGUCCUGGAGGAUAAUAAGCAGUAUUGAACAGAGGGAAGAGAGCAAGGGCGGAGAUGAAAAACUGAAGAUGAUCCGGGAAUACAGGGAAACGGUGGAGAAUGAGUUGAAGUCAAUCUGUACCGACAUUCUGGAUGUACUGGACAAGCACCUAAUUCCUGCUGCUCAAACGGGAGAGUCCAAGGUCUUCUACUACAAAAUGAAGGGUGAUUACCACAGGUACCUGGCUGAGUUCGCUACAGGCAACGACAGGAAGGAGGCAGCGGAGAACAGCCUGGUGGCCUACAAAGCUGCUAGUGACAUCGCCAUGACGGAGCUGCCACCCACACACCCCAUCCGCCUCGGCCUCGCUCUCAACUUCUCCGUCUUCUACUAUGAGAUCCUCAACUCGCCCGACCGCGCCUGCAGGUUGGCGAAGGCUGCAUUUGACGACGCCAUUGCAGAACUGGACACACUCAGUGAAGAAAGCUACAAGGACUCCACACUUAUCAUGCAGUUGUUACGUGACAACCUGACACUAUGGACUUCAGAUAUGCAGGGAGACGAGUCCUAAAGGAAACAAACCCGACUGUUCAUUUCCCAUGUUAACUGUAUUUUGUGAAGAACAGAACAAAGAGGCGCUGCAAGACGCUGAAGAUGACGCCCAGUGAGACUAUGCCACCAACAGCCAACAACUUGAGACCCUCCCCUCACCUCCUCACACUCCCUGAAAGUCAUCAUCCUCCCCCGCUCUACUCUCAAAUCUUCUCUCCCACCUCCCCUUUCCUUUUCUUUCACCUCCGGAACUUCAAGACCCACCAGGUCCAUGGAGUUAACACAAUUUUUUUUUUUUUUUUUUUUUUUUUUCCCCCCUUUGGUUAAUUUUUUUUCUUUUAUUAGCCCUUUAAUUCAUUUCAAGUAAAUACCACUUAAUUGAGACAGUAAAUAAUGUUAGAAAGACAAAGAUAAAGAGAGUCCCUGGAUUUUUUUUUUCUUUUUGUUCCUGGUACAAGCAGUUCUGAAAUCUUAUCUUUGUUUUCACUAUUGUAUUUUUUGUUUUGUUUGUUUUUUGCUUUUUUUUUUUCCUCAAUAUUUUUAUCAGUUGCUGGAUGUAUUGAGAAUUUUUUUCUUAAUGUAAUUACAGAAAUUAACUUUUAUUACUGAUAUGUUGACUAUUAGUUAUGGGAGCUGUUUUAUCUCUGUUUUUAGUGAAAUGUCAGAUACAAAUCAUUUUACCUUUUUACGGGCAAUUUGAAAAACGAAAGUGCCCUUUUUGUUAACUUAGUUUUUCAGAGGAAGUUGGCAAAAUUCGCGAUAUCCACGUGGGGCAAAGAAGUGCUUAACUUUUACACCAUAGUGAUUCUGUUGUCAUGUUUUUGUAGUUGUCCUUGGACUGUACUUUGUGCUGAAAUACUGUAACUGUGCACACAUGCUGAUUUCAGGAGGUUGACUUAUAGCUAACUCGUGGUUUUAAUAAUAAAAAAAAACAUUGGGAGUACUGUCACUUGUGUAAAAGAGGAGUCUCAAUUAGGCCCCGUUUUCUUGACAACGAGCUCUUUAAAAUAAGAUUGUCAGCACUUGCAUGAGUUGACAAAUAUUCUUUUCUGCUGCUUCUCCCCUCGUUUUUUAGGGUUUGCUUUUGGGUUCGGAGGUGUUGUUUCUUUUGUUGUCUCCUUUGUUUUGUUUUGUUUUGUUUUUUUCUCUUUUUCUUUUUUUCCACUUCAUUAUGUGUAACUUGGAGCUGAUUUGUACUACUGGAUAUCUGACUGGAGCCACAGACGGGGAAUCUGUAUUCUUACUGAAACACAGCAUGGAAUUAACAUUAAACAAUCUAAAUUAAACAUUACAGACUGACUUUGUUUGCUCUUAUUAAUUUCAGCAAAUGACCCUGCCUUUAGAACACAACAGACUGAUUUUGGUGCUUAUUUUCUUGGUUCAGUGUAAUGUGAAUGAAUAUAAUCCAUGGAACUGUUUGUUCAAACAAGGUUAUGACUGAAAAUAAAACUCUGUCCUGUU